GGUGGUACUCUCCCCUUCCCAGUCCUCGAGGCCAGGCUGGCGGCGGUUCACCUCCACGGCGGGGCGGGGCGGGUGUAGCACUCCGCCGCGCUGUUUCCGGUUGGCCGCCAUUGCGGGUUGGUGGCUGCGCUGCGGCUCGUCGCCCCGGACGGUUCCCAAGCAGACGGAGGGAGCGCCGCCGACGGACAGGUUCCUCACGCCCUCCCUCUCGCACCGACCUCCCCUCAGUCCGUGAGGCGCGACCCCGAACGCCGACACCACAGCCCCGGAGCCGGGACUCGACCGCCGACAUGGCGCAGAUCCUGCCCAUCCGCUUCCAGGAGCACCUGCAGCUCCAAAAUCUGGGCAUUAAUCCUGCUAAUAUUGGAUUCAGCACCCUGACUAUGGAAUCAGAUAAGUUCAUCUGUAUUCGAGAAAAAGUUGGUGAGCAAGCCCAGGUGGUUAUCAUUGACAUGAAUGAGCCCAACAAUCCCAUUCGCCGUCCAAUCUCAGCCGAUAGUGCCAUCAUGAACCCAGCCAGCAAGGUUAUUGCAUUAAAAGCUGGCAAAACAUUGCAAAUAUUUAACAUUGAAAUGAAAAGUAAAAUGAAGGCUCACACGAUGGUGGACGAUGUCACUUUCUGGAAGUGGAUCUCUCUGAACACAAUUGCCCUGGUGACUGACACUGCUGUCUAUCACUGGAGUAUGGAGGGGGAGUCUCAGCCAAUGAAGGUCUUUGACAGGCACUCCAGUCUAGCAGGCUGCCAGAUCAUCAAUUAUCGGACUGAUGCCAAGCAGAAGUGGCUACUGCUUAUUGGUAUAUCUGCUCAGCAAAACAGAGUAGUGGGUGCAAUGCAGCUCUACUCUCUGGAUCGGAAAGUGUCUCAGCCGAUUGAAGGCCACGCAGCAGCAUUUGCGCAAUUCAAGAUGGAAGGGAAUGCGGAAGAGUCAACACUGUUCUGCUUUGCUGUUAGAGGCCAGGCUGGUGGAAAGCUUCACAUCAUCGAAGUGGGUACUCCUCCAACAGGGAAUCAGCCUUUUGCCAAGAAAGCAGUGGAUGUCUUCUUCCCACCAGAAGCGCAGAAUGACUUUCCUGUUGCGAUGCAGAUAAGCACGAAACAUGAUGUUGUCUUCCUGAUCACUAAAUAUGGAUAUAUCCACUUGUAUGAUUUGGAGACUGGUACCUGCAUCUACAUGAACAGGAUUAGUGGAGAGACCAUCUUUGUCACGGCAGGACAUGAUGCUACUUCUGGGAUAAUUGGAGUGAACAGAAAGGGCCAGGUGUUGUCAGUGUGUGUUGAGGAGGAGAACAUCAUUCCUUAUAUCACUAAUGUGUUGCAGAACCCAGAUCUUGCUCUCCGCAUGGCUGUGCGCAAUAAUCUGGCUGGGGCAGAGGAACUCUUUGCUCGAAAGUUCAAUGCUCUCUUUGCUCAGGGAAACUAUUCUGAAGCAGCAAAAAUAGCUGCAAAUGCUCCAAAGGGUAUCUUGCGCACUCCAGACACAAUCAGGCGAUUUCAGAGUGUUCCUGCUCAGCCUGGGCAAACCUCUCCUCUGCUUCAGUACUUUGGAAUCCUGCUUGAUCAAGGGCAGCUGAACAAAUUUGAAUCUUUGGAGCUUUGUCGGCCAGUGUUGCAGCAAGGUCGUAAGCAGUUGCUUGAGAAGUGGCUAAAAGAAGAUAAGCUGGAAUGCUCAGAGGAACUUGGAGACAUUGUGAAAUCUGUGGACCCCACUCUGGCCCUGAGUGUCUACUUAAGGGCAAAUGUCCCCAAUAAGGUGAUCCAGUGUUUUGCUGAAACUGGUCAAUUCCAGAAGAUCGUUCUGUAUGCCAAGAAGGUUGGAUACUCGCCAGACUGGAUCUUUCUGCUGAGAAAUGUGAUGAGAGUUGGGCCUGAUCAGGGGCUUCAGUUUGCUCAAAUGCUGGUUCAGGAUGAAGAGCCUCUAGCUGACAUCACCCAGAUUGUCGACGUGUUCAUGGAAUACAACCUGAUCCAGCAAUGCACAUCCUUCCUGCUCGAUGCUCUGAAGAAUAACCGUCCAUCGGAGGGUGCCCUCCAGACUCGGCUCCUGGAAAUGAACCUCAUGCACGCUCCCCAGGUAGCAGAUGCUAUUUUAGGAAAUCAGAUGUUCACUCACUAUGAUCGUGCUCACAUUGCUCAACUCUGUGAGAAAGCUGGACUGCUACAAAGAGCUCUGGAACAUUAUACGGAUCUCUAUGACAUCAAGCGUGCUGUCGUCCACACCCACCUCCUCAAUCCGGAGUGGCUCGUCAAUUAUUUUGGCUCCCUCUCUGUUGAGGAUUCUAUUGAAUGCCUGCGUGCCAUGCUGUCUGCUAACAUCCGUCAGAAUCUACAGAUCUGUGUGCAAGUUGCAUCCAAAUACCAUGAGCAACUCGGAACACAGCAACUGAUCGAACUAUUUGAGUCUUUCAAGAGCUUUGAAGGUCUGUUCUACUUUUUGGGCUCCAUUGUAAACUUCAGUCAAGAUCCAGAAGUCCACUUCAAAUAUAUCCAGGCUGCCUGCAAAACCGGUCAGAUCAAGGAGGUGGAGCGAAUCUGUCGUGAAAGCAAUUGCUAUGACCCAGAACGUGUGAAGAACUUCCUCAAGGAAGCCAAAUUGACGGACCAGCUGCCACUGAUAAUAGUGUGUGAUCGUUUUGAUUUUGUGCACGACCUGGUGUUAUAUCUGUACCGCAACAACCUGCAGAAAUACAUUGAGAUCUAUGUUCAGAAGGUGAAUCCAAGUCGUUUGCCAGUCGUGGUUGGAGGGCUGCUUGAUGUGGAUUGUUCUGAAGAUGUCAUCAAAAAUCUGAUACUCGUCGUUCGUGGACAGUUUUCCACGGAUGAGCUGGUUGCUGAAGUAGAGAAACGAAACAGGUUGAAGUUGCUGCUCCCCUGGCUGGAAUCUCGAAUCCACGAAGGUUGUGAGGAGCCGGCCACCCACAAUGCACUGGCAAAGAUUUACAUCGACAGCAACAACAAUCCCGAGCGCUUCCUGCGGGAGAACCCGUAUUACGAUAGCAGAGUGGUGGGCAAGUACUGUGAAAAGAGGGACCCUCACCUGGCCUGUGUGGCCUAUGAACGAGGCCAGUGUGACAUGGAGCUCAUCAAUGUGUGCAAUGAGAACUCUCUGUUCAAAAGUUUGUCGCGUUACUUGGUUCGUCGGAAAGAUCCUGAGCUCUGGGCAAACGUCCUGCAAGAAACCAAUCCUUACAGGAGGCCACUUAUUGACCAAGUGGUACAGACGGCUCUGUCAGAAACUCAGGACCCCGAGGAGGUCUCUGUUACUGUGAAAGCUUUUAUGACUGCUGACCUUCCAAAUGAAUUAAUUGAAUUGUUGGAGAAAAUUGUCCUGGAUAAUUCAGUCUUCAGUGAACACAGGAAUCUGCAGAACUUGUUGAUCCUUACUGCCAUCAAAGCUGACCGUACCCGUGUGAUGGAGUAUAUCAAUCGUCUGGAUAACUAUGAUGCUCCUGACAUAGCCAACAUUGCCAUCAGCAAUGAGCUCUUUGAAGAGGCAUUUGCCAUUUUCAGGAAGUUUGAUGUCAACACAUCAGCAGUGCAGGUGCUGAUCGAACACAUUGGCAAUCUUGAUCGUGCGUAUGAAUUUGCUGAACGGUGUAAUGAGCCUGCAGUGUGGAGCCAACUGGCUAAAGCCCAGCUGCAGAAAGAAAUGGUUAAAGAGGCCAUUGACUCCUACAUCAAGGCAGAUGAUCCUUCGUCGUACAUGGAGGUUGUAGAAGCAGCCAACAAAAGUGGGAACUGGGAGGACCUUGUUAAAUAUCUGCAGAUGGCCAGGAAGAAGGCUCGCGAGUCUUAUGUGGAGACGGAGCUUAUCUUUGCAUUGGCAAAGACCAACCGGUUAGCAGAGCUGGAGGAGUUUAUCAACGGACCUAACAAUGCUCAUAUCCAGCAAGUUGGUGAUCGCUGCUAUGAUGAGCAAAUGUAUGAAGCUGCCAAGUUGCUGUACAACAACGUUUCCAAUUUCGGUCGCCUGGCAUCGACACUGGUUCACCUAGGGGAAUACCAGGCUGCAGUGGAUGGUGCUCGCAAAGCAAACAGUACUCGGACUUGGAAGGAGGUGUGCUUUGCCUGUGUUGAAGGGAAGGAGUUCCGUUUGGCUCAGAUGUGUGGUCUCCAUAUUGUUGUGCAUGCUGAUGAACUGGAGGAGCUUAUCAACUACUACCAGGACCGUGGUUACUUUGAGGAGCUCAUCACCAUGUUGGAGGCAGCUCUUGGUCUGGAGCGUGCUCACAUGGGGAUGUUUACUGAACUGGCUAUCCUGUACUCCAAAUACAAACCACAGAAGAUGAGGGAGCACUUGGAACUCUUCUGGUCUAGAGUCAACAUUCCCAAGGUGCUGAGGGCGGCCGAACAGGCUCACCUUUGGGCUGAACUAGUCUUCCUGUAUGACAAGUAUGAAGAGUAUGACAAUGCCAUUAUCACAAUGAUGAAUCACCCAACGGAUGCUUGGAAGGAAGGGCAGUUCAAGGACAUCAUCACAAAGGUGGCUAAUGUGGAGCUGUAUUACAAAGCAAUCCAGUUCUACUUGGAAUUUAAGCCUCUUUUACUGAAUGAUCUGCUUAUGGUUCUGUCUCCACGUUUGGACCACACGCGUGCAGUGAACUUCUUCAAUAAGGUUAAGCAGCUGAAUCUUGUUAAACCCUACCUGCGCUCUGUACAAAGCAACAACAACAAGUCUGUGAAUGAAUCACUAAAUAAUCUCUUCAUUCAAGAGGAAGACUACCAGGCCCUUCGCACGUCCAUAGAUGCGUAUGACAACUUUGAUAAUAUCGCCCUGGCUCAGCGGCUAGAGAAGCACGAGUUGAUUGAGUUCCGUCGAAUUGGUGCUUACCUCUUUAAAGGCAACAACCGUUGGAAGCAGAGCGUGGAGCUGUGCAAGAAAGACCGCCUGUACAAAGAUGCUAUGCAGUAUGCAUCUGAGUCCAAGGACACUGAGCUGGCCGAGGAGCUACUACAAUGGUUCCUGGAGGAUGGGAAGAAAGAAUGCUUCGCUUCCUGCUUGUUCACUUGCUAUGACCUGCUGAGGCCUGAUGUCGUGCUUGAGCUGUCCUGGAGGCAUAACAUCAUGGACUUCUCCAUGCCGUAUUUUAUCCAGGUGAUGAGGGAGUAUCUCACAAAGGUGGACAAGUUGGACAUUUCAGAGUCAUUGCGGAAAGAAGAGGAGCAGGCCACUGAGACGACACCCAUUGUUUACGGCCAGUCACAGCUGAUGUUGACAGCAGGACCCAGUGUAAGCGUCCCUCCACAGGCGGCCUUUGGCUACAGUUAUGGUGCCCAACCAUAUGCUCAGCCUGGCACUUAUGGGUACGGUAUGUAAGGUAAUCGCAAGCUACCCACCUGCUCAAUGUCUGCCAGAUUCCCUUCAUCUUGCAACGGGGAAGAGGAAGUAAAGCUCUUUAUAUAUUGUAUGUCAUGAAGGACUCGAGUCUUUUUUUUUUGUUUUGUUUUUCUAGUUCUAAGUGUCUGGAUCACAGCUCUAACUUGUUUCUCACAUUCCACAGUAAUUAGAUUGUGAUUUUUCUCUUUGGAUGGGAAUGGUUGUUUCAUUUAAAGCUCUUGGUGUGAGCUAAUGUCCUGCAAACGUCUGUUGUAAAGAAUUUAAUUUUCACUCUGUAAUGAGGCAAUACUUCAAUGUCGUAUCUCCCAACUGUACCAGCAACUUGUGCUGUAUUUAAAAUAAAGUAAAUCUCAUUGUAUUCCUAAACCGAGUACAGGACUUGGCUGCUUACCUGUAAGAUGUUGAUGAGCAAAAAAAAAGAAA